CAUAAUGCUACUUUUCAUUUUUGCUGCCAUAUCGGCAGUCAUUCUGUCGCCCGCCUACGCUAAAAAACCUGUAGAUUUCCAAACUAUGCAAAUCAACUACGCUCCCGACCACGCCCUGGACAUAAAGGAGGGAGAAACCCAGAUUUUCAGGGCUCCACUCUGCAAAGGAGGUCUGCUGAACGGCUGGUCCUUCAAAGCGAAGGUAUACAUGAUGAACGAACCUUGGGAUUCUGCCGAGAUAGGAGAUGCUAACUGGCUCCACAUCCAAGUCUCCAAUGGGCCGAGCUUUACAACGAUUGUCCGAGAUAACGCACAGGAAGCUAAAAAAGCCGGUUAUGACCCGAAACCUGCUACUUCUCCGUUUACUUACGACAGCGCAACGUGGGGUUCGGACGAUAUCUACAUACAGAUUACAGCAAGCCACGGUACCCCGACCUUCCAAUACGGUUUGGAGCUGGCAGCCAACGAGCCUAGUGAUGAUCUCAUGAUCCCCGACGGCAUGGACAGUGCGGAGACAGUCUCGGCGAGCGCUGCUACUAGAGGGUGUGGUAUUCAGACCCUGGAACAGGUUGCCAUCCCCCUCACCGCCCAACUUACCUCAGGAGACACCGGUCAGUACAAGAUCCCCUUCUGUUUCGAGGACACCUACGACCAGAGAUCCCUGUCCCUGACCACCCUGGUCCCUGAAACAGUACACGAGGCUCCAGGUGGUGUUGCAUCCUUCCUCUGCACUGACACCAUGAUGAACAAUGGUAUCUGCUACAGAGCUGUGGUCACAAACCGUGGUACGAAGUUCUACGACUCGUCCGGAGCGAAAGUGAACGCAGUUAUUCCAACCAUCCCUAAAGAAGAGUACGGACCUGUCUACCUGCUUGUCCUUGCUCAGGGUAACUAUCACGACAAGGUUGAGUUCACCAUCACAACCAAGCUGAGAAAUCCAUCUGGAGACGAACUCAAACUUACCGGGCACUCUGAGAAGGACCUGCACAGUGUGCUGACCUACCUGAAGAGUAGCUACGAGAACAAACCUGCUCCUCUUGAUCACGCAUUUCAGCAUGAAGAAAUGAAAGAGGAGCUGUAAAAGGAGAAGAAGCUGAAAAAGGAACAGUUGAAGGAGCUCAAACAGGAGCUGUAAAUCAUUUGUUAUUGUGUGUUUUAUAUAUAUUACUACUUUACUAUUAGAGUAUUAGAUGCCAAGACAGUUUAGCGCUUUUGGUUAAACUUAUAAGUAGUUACUUGACGGCGUUCUGUCUGUCACUAGGCGGCACUCUGCCUGUCACUAGGCGGUACUCUGCCUGUCACUAGGCGGUACUCUGCCUGUCACUAGGCGGUACUCUGCCUGUCACUAGGCGGUACUCUGCCUGUCACUAGGCGGUACUCUGCCUGUCACUAGGCGGUACUCUGCCUGUCACUAGGCGGUACUCUGCCUGUCACUAGGCGGCACUCUGCCUGUCACUAGGCGGUACUCUGUCUGUCACUAGGCGGCACUCUGCCUGUCACUAGGCGGUACUCUGCCUGUCACUAGGCGGUACUCUGCCUGUCACUAGGCGGUACUCUGCCUGUCACUCCGCCAUAUCUUGGAUCGUUUAUAACACUUAAGCAGCUGAGGUCCCCGCAGGUAAAUAGAUACGGAUUCUGGCGGUUAGAUGAGCUUUGUUAGGUCUGGCCGGGGUUUUAAUUGUCUUCAAAUAACGUCCUAUCAUAAGGUAGUUGCUGUCAACAAAAUAUACCUCCCCACCAGAAUCCACAUCUAUAAGUAAUAUUUAUAUUGUCUGUCAUAUUACUAUAUUGAGACUUUUACUUUUUUCUUUACCCAGGGACUUUCUUUUCUUUUUUAUUAAUAAGUUAAUAUUUUACGCUUUUAUAGGUGUAAUCAUUGUUAUUGUAGUUACUGCAUAUCUUGUUUUA